UGUGUAAAUAAAGAAAAAAGAGGAAAUAAAUAUUGGGCCUGCUCAAAACUCUAUAAGCCCACCUUCUACUGCUCUCCGGUGUGUCGCCUUUUCAACCGCCGGCUCCUCUCUCGCAACCGCCCCAUCUCCGCCCGAUGCCGGUUGCAGAAGUGAACUUUUCCGUUCAAAUUUGCGGCCAUACGAAAUGAGUUUGACCAAGUAUUGUCUAAUUUAACCGUCCGAGAUGUUGGGUUAUUAGGGGCAUUCCGAGGUUUCAAUUAAUUUACAUCGUUUCAGAGAUAUGCCACUGCAUUGGCCAAGGCUCCGGCGCACACAACAAUGGCAACUCUUCGCUAUUCGAAUAUUCUCCACUCAUAUCCCUCCAGAACUCCGUUUUGUCAAUAAAAAGAUAACAGAAAUGAUCCGCGGGGGCCGUAUUGAAGAUGCAAGAGCCCUGUUCGAUAAAUUGUCCAACCGAAACACCAUCACUUGGAAUUCAAUGCUCAGCGGGUAUGUGCAGCGCCGCGAGCUCGCUAGAGCACGGAAGCUGUUCGAUGAAAUGCCUAAGAAGGACGUUGUUUCGUGGAAUUUGAUGAUUUCGGGAUACGUGUCGUGUCGUGGUUGGAGGCAUCUAGAGGAAGGUAGAUCACUGUUCGACGAAAUGCACGAAAGGGAUUUUGUUUCUUGGAAUACUAUGAUUAGUGGGUACGCCAAGAAUGGAAGAAUGGAUGAUGCUUUGAGGUUGUUCGACUGUAUGCCGGAGAAGAAUGUGGUCACCUGGAAUGCCAUGAUUACGGGGUUCUUGAAUAACGGUGAUGCAAAGAGAGCUUCCGAUUUUUUCAAAAGAAUGCCGAGACGAGACGCGGCAUCUCUCAGCGCCCUUGUCUCUGGUUUGAUUCAGAACGGUGAUUUGGACGAGGCUGAAAACGUCGUAUUAGAAUAUAUGAAAACGUGCGAUAGAAAAGAGGAUCUAAUUCAUGCUUAUAAUACAUUGAUUGCUGGGUAUGGUCAGAAAGGAAGGGUAGCUGACGCUCAACGCCUAUUCAAUCAGAUGGGGUUUGAAAAAAACGUGGUUUCGUAUAAUUCGAUGAUUAUGUCCUAUGCGAAAGCGGGUGACAUGUCAUCCGCAAGGGAGCUGUUUGAUCAGAUGAACGAUCGAGAUAAUGUUUCGUGGAAUACUAUGAUUAGUGGUUAUGUUCAUGUAUCGGAUAUGAAAGCCGCAGUAAAGCUCUUCUACGAGAUGGCAACUCCAGAUGCCUUAUCUUGGAACUCGAUAAUAUCAGGGUUUGCACAGGCAGGAAAGAUGGAACUCGCGCUCGACUAUUUCCAGAUAAUGCCUCAGAAGAGCCUAGUUUCUUGGAAUACCAUAAUAGCUGGAUACGAAAAAAAUGCGGGUUUUAAGGAAGCUAUCGAACUGUUUGUUCGAAUGCAAGCGGAAGGAGUGAAACCGGAUCGGCACACUCUGUCUUCACUUCUCAGCAUUUGUGCCGAAUCGGCAGAUCAGCAUUUCGGCAUGCAAAUACAUCAAUUGGUGACGAAGAUAAUCAUACCAGACUCCCCUUUAAAUAAUUCCCUCAUUACAAUGUACGCGAGAUGCGGGGCAAUAUCCGAGGCGAGGACUGUUUUCGAAGAAACGAAGUUUCGGAUCGAUGUCAUCUCUUGGAAUGCCAUGAUAGGUGGGUACGCAUCUCACGGGUUUGCCAAGGAGGCUCUUGGACUUUUUGAAUCAAUGAAAAGCUUUAAAGUGAGGCCAACUUAUAUCACAUUUAUAUCAGUUUUGAGUGCUUGCGCUCACCGCGGUCUAGUGGAAGAAGGAAAAUCGUAUUUUAAAUCGAUGAUUUGUGAUUUUGGAAUCGAACCGAGAGUGGAGCAUUUUGCCUCGCUCGUGGAUGUUGUUGGUAGAUGUGGACAGGUUGAGGAGGCCAUGGAUAUCAUUCAUCGAAUGCCUAUUGAGCCAGACAAGGCUGUGUGGGGGGCGUUGCUGGGGGCUUGUAGGGUCCACGGCAAUGCUGAGCUGGCAAGAGUUGCUGCCGAAGCAUUGAUGAGGCUGGAACCGGAAAGCUCUGGGCCUUAUGUGUUGCUGUACAAUAUGUAUGCUGAUGCUGAGAGAUGGAGCGAUGCAGAUGAAAUUAGGGUUAUGAUGGAGAAGAACAACAUCAAAAAGGAACGAGGUUAUAGCCGAGUGGAUUCCAGUUGCUCGUAAUAUGUUUGUGCUCUCGUUUCGAAACUGUCUCGGAAGAUGUUUGAUCGAGUUGAACGAUCAAACAAGUGGAGUCAUUGAUCUCCGAGCUGUGCAUUUUUCUGAUGGUCCGAAGGAAUGGUUUAUCGGUUAGAUAGCAGUUGGUGCGGUCCGAAACUGGAGGUAGAAACUUGAUACCACCAAUUCAAAGAAGGGGCUUUCGUGGAUCAAUCACUGGUCAAUCUCAGAGAUCUUAUCGGCCGGCAAACCGCAUAAGGUACUUAAUUAACGAUUCUUCAAUUUUGGUGUGGUCACAUAAUUGGUUCGUCAUCAUAUUUCUUGGUGAAGAACAUCCGUUUACCCUAAAGUUGUAAAGUUCACAAAUAUAUCUACACCAUUUGUUCGAAAACAGGCUUAAAAGCAGAAGAAAUGAAGUUGUCCGAAGCCAAUGUAUAUGUUAUGUUUGCCUUCA